AUGACUACCACCAACUCCUCCAACCUCAUCGCAACCGUCGAAUCCUACCUCUCGCCGUCCCUGACAGUGGGAACAGCGCUCCCAAAUGACCUAGCCGCACCCGCGCUCCACCUCAUACCCUCGUCGACGCUCACGAAACUGAGGACUUUCGGUCCGGCUCGCGUCAAGGACAUGCGCUCACUUGGCCACGCGAAGCAAAUCGUCUCUCACAUCUCGAUUCCAGCUACUGCACAGACGUGCGCCAAGUUCAACGAUGCACUGUACGCGGCUAUUCGUCUGAAUGCGGAGAAGUUUUCGGCUCUUGCCUUGCUACCGAGUGGUGCGGGUGAAGGGAAAGAGGCGGCAAGAGAGCUGCAAAGAUGUAUCGUCAAGUAUCGGUUUGUUGGCGGUGUAAUCGGGUUGAGAAGUGGAAGUGAGGGCGAGGGGAGUUUGGUUGAGGGCAGCUUUGAGGAACUGUGGGAUACAGCAGAAAAGUAUCGAGUUCCCAUCGCUUUGAGAGAGAUGUGGCCUGCCGGUUCUGAGCUCCCAAACUACCAGCGUAGCCUCCCCGACACCGCCCUCGGCCCUUUGGUAACACACAUCCACACCGCGCACGCUGACCCUUCCCUUCCAAUCCUACACCUCUACCUCUCCUCAACGUUCGACCGGUACCCCAUCCUCCGUCUAAUCCUCUGCCACCCGGGCACUCUCCCCUCACUUCUGCGCCGCAUCGAAACCCUCCUCUCCCUCAUCCCCUCUGCCGACAAACCGAAAAGAUCUUUCCUCGACGUCUGGCAGCACAAUCUCUAUCUUACCACGGCGGAUGCACAGGAUCUGAGUACCAUGAGGACGUUGCUGGAGCAGAUUCCGGUGGAUAGGGUGUUGUAUGCGAGUAACUACCCGCUAGAGGAGAGGGGGAGGCGAUUGAUGGAGGAUCUGAGAGAGAGUGGGUUUUUGACAAAGGAAGAGUGGGAAAGGGUUGCUUGGGGGAAUGCGGAGGUGCUGUUUGGGUUGAAUAAAGGGGGUAGUGCUGGGAAAGCUUUGGCUAUGAGGUAUGGAUCACGAUCCGCUUCUUGA